AUGCUUCCUCCUCCUCCUGCGGCCCCCCCGCCACCCUCCCCGCCUGGGUUCAAGCCUCUCACUGGUGCCGACAUUGCGAAACUUCAGCAGAAGAAGAACGAAUGGCUUCGGACGCAUCGCAAUCGAUUUGGCGAGAAGAGAAGGGGCGGCUUUGUUGAGACGCAGAAAGCCGACAUGCCACCGGAACAUCUGCGGAAGAUCGUGAAAGAUAUUGGCGAUGUUUCCCAGAAGAAAUACACCAGCGACAAGAGAAGCUACCUGGGUGCUCUCAAAUUCAUGCCCCAUGCAGUUUUGAAACUUCUAGAGAACAUGCCGAUGCCUUGGGAAUCAGCACGAGAAGUAAAGGUUCUUUAUCACGUCAAUGGGUGCCUGACUCUUGUCAAUGAAGUGCCUCGCGUUAUCGAGCCAGUAUUCCACGCGCAAUGGGCAACUAUGUGGACUGCCAUGCGGAAAGAGAAGAGUGACAGGAGGCUUUUCAAGCGCAUGCGAUUUCCUCCAUUUGACGAUGAAGAGCCUCCACUGUCUUGGUCUGAGAACAUCGAAGAUGUGGAGCCCUUGGAACCUAUUCAAAUGGAGCUCGAUGAAGAAGAAGACGAAGCCGUCUACGAGUGGUUUUAUGACAACAGACCAUUAGUCGAUACGCCUCAUGUCAAUGGACCAAGCUACAAAGCCUGGAACCUCUCAUUGCAGCAGAUGGCUACUUUGUACCGCCUCAGUCGUCCAUUAAUGACCGGCAUCCACGACGAAAACUACUUCUACCUCUUCGAGCCGCAGAGCUUUUUCACUUCCAAAGCGCUGAAUGUUGCUCUUCCUGGCGGGCCGCGAUUUGAACCGCUAUACAAGGAUAUCGAUCCGAACGACGAGGACUUUGGCGAGUUUAAUGCUAUAGACCGCAUUAUUUUCCGGAGCCCAAUUCGAACAGAGUCUCGGGUUGCAUUUCCGCAUCUGUACAACUCCUUACCCAGAAGCGUUCAGAACUCCUGGUACGCUUUCCCGCAGAGCGUAUAUAGAGUGUCGGAUAAUGCAGCCCUACCUACGUUUCAUUUUGAGUCGUCUAUCAACCCGGUCUCAUCGCGCUCCUCUGCGUCGAAGUAUACCACUGUCAGCCAUGAAGACGAGCUUUUUGGACCUGGCCGCAACGAAGAACCGGAUGAUGAUGUAUUUGAACUGCCUGCGGGAUUGUCGCCCUUCCUUGCUGAUGAGGCCCUUGCAACGGAUGACACGACCUCCGCCAUCGAGUUGUGGUGGGCACCGUAUCCUUUUGAUCGUCGAUCUGGCCAUAUGGUCCGCGCUCAAGACGUUCCUUUGGUCAAAAAAUUCUAUCUGGAUCAUCCUCCUCCCGACCUACCUCUGAAAAUACACGUAUCCUACCAGAAGCUCUUGAAGACGUACGUCCUCAAUGAGUUGCACAAGAAGAAGCCUAAGACACUGCAGAGGCAGGAUCUUCUCCAGACGCUAAAACAGACAAAGUUCUUCCAACAGACGACAAUUGACUGGGUUGAAGCUGGCCUGCAUGUCUGCAGACAGGGGUUCAAUAUGCUUAACCUGCUUAUACACCGGAAGAACCUCACAUAUCUUCACCUGGACUACAAUUUCAACUUGAAGCCGGUCAAGACUUUGACCACGAAGGAGCGGAAGAAGUCUCGCUUCGGAAACGCGUUCCAUCUGAUGCGUGAGAUCUUGCGGUUGACCAAGCUGAUUGUGGACGCACAUGUCCAGUAUCGUCUUGGCAACAUUGACGCUUUCCAACUGGCUGAUGGUAUUCUCUACGCAUUCAACCAUGUUGGCCAACUGACUGGAAUGUACCGGUACAAGUACAAGCUGAUGCACCAAAUCAGAUCUUGUAAAGACCUCAAGCAUCUUAUCUACUUCAGCUUCAACAUUGGUUCUGUUGGAAAGGGCCCUGGCUGUGGUGUGUGGGCACCAGCUUGGAGGGUGUGGCUUUUUUUCAUGCGUGGUAUCAUUCCUCUACUGGAACGCUGGUUGGGCAACUUGCUUUCCCGUCAGUUCGAGGGUCGGCACAGCAAGGGCGUGGCCAAAACGGUCACCAAGCAGAGAGUGGAAUCCCAUUUUGACCUUGAGCUUCGUGCGUCUGUCAUGGACGACUUGAUGGACAUGAUGCCUGAGGGCAUCAAGCAGAACAAGAUCAAUACAGUUCUCCAGCAUCUGUCUGAGGCCUGGCGGUGCUGGAAGAGUAAUAUUCCUUGGAAGGUGCCUGGCUUGCCCGCGCCCAUCGAGAAUGUGAUUCUUCGAUAUGUCAAAGCAAAAGCAGACUGGUGGAUUUCUGUUGCGCACUACAACCGAGAGCGUAUUCGGCGAGGUGCCACUGUGGACAAAACUGUGGCGAAGAAGAACGUUGGUCGACUCACGCGUCUGUGGCUGAAAGCAGAACAAGAGAGACAGCACAACCACAUGAAAGACGGUCCCUACGUGUCCUCUGAAGAGGCCGUUGCAAUAUAUACGACGACGGUACACUGGCUGGAGUCGAGGAAAUUCUCACCUAUUCCAUUUCCUAGUGUAUCGUACAAGCACGACACGAAGAUACUGAUUCUGGCCCUCGAGAGACUUCGCGAGUCCUACUCGACAAAGGGCAGGCUGAAUCAAAGCCAGCGAGAGGAGCUCGCGUUAAUCGAGCAGGCAUAUGACAACCCAGGAACGACGCUAGAGCGAAUCAAGAGAUUCCUGCUCACCCAGAGAGCUUUCAAAGAGGUUGGCAUCGACAUGAACGACAACUACAGCACUAUCAACCCUGUGUACGACAUUGAGCCGAUUGAGAAAAUCAGCGAUGCGUAUCUAGAUCAGUAUCUGUGGUAUCAAGCAGACCAGCGCCACCUCUUUCCUGCUUGGAUCAAGCCCUCAGACUCUGAAGUCCCACCGUUGUUGGUGUACAAAUGGACGCAGGGCAUCAACAACUUGCAGACUGUCUGGGAGACAGAAACCGGCGAGUGCAACGUCUUGAUCGAGACACAGCUGUCCAAAGUUUAUGAGAAGAUCGAGCUCACUCUACUCAAUUCCUUACUGCGACUGGUUAUGGAUCACAACUUGGCCGACUACAUUACUGCCAAAAACAAUGUGACGCUUGCAUACAAGGAUAUGAGCCAUGUCAACAGCUAUGGCAUGAUCCGGGGCCUUCAGUUCUCUGCCUUUGUCUUCCAGUACUAUGGAUUGAUUCUAGACUUGCUAUUGCUCGGACCACAGCGCGCCAGUGAGAUUGCCGGGCCGCCUCAAAGCCCAAACGAUUUUCUUCAGUUCCAAGACCGGGACACGGAGACAAAGCAUCCGAUCCGUCUUUACACCAGAUAUAUCGACAAAAUUUGGGUGUUUUUGCGGUUUUCGGCCGAGGAGUCGCGUGAUUUGAUUCAGCGGUUCUUGACCGAGCAGCCUGACCCCAAUUUCGAAAAUGUCAUAGGCUACAGGACAAAGAAGUGCUGGCCUCGCGAUUCUCGGAUGCGUCUGAUGCGACACGACGUCAACUUGGGAAGAGCCGUAUUCUGGGACUUGAAGAAUCGGCUACCUCGGUCCGUGACUACGAUCGAGUGGGAAGACACGUUCGCCAGCGUGUACAGUCGAGACAACCCGAAUCUGCUUUUCUCCAUGUGUGGAUUUGAAGUCCGCAUCCUGCCCAAGACACGCAACCAAAACGAUGAAUUUCCAGUCAAGGACAGUGUCUGGUCUUUGGUCGACAAUACCACCAAAGAAAGAACUGCGCACGCGUUCCUUCAGGUGACGGAGGAAGACGUCCACAAAUUCAACAACCGCAUUCGCCAGAUUUUGAUGUCCUCUGGGUCGACAACGUUUACCAAGAUUGCGAACAAGUGGAACACGGCUUUGAUUGCGCUCUUCACCUAUUACCGCGAGGCUGCUGUCUCAACAGUGAAUCUUUUGGAUACCAUUGUCAAGUGCGAAACAAAAAUUCAGACGCGUGUCAAGAUUGGGCUGAACUCGAAAAUGCCAUCUCGAUUUCCACCUGCUGUGUUCUACACACCGAAGGAGCUGGGAGGUCUUGGGAUGAUCUCAGGCUCUCAUAUUCUCAUUCCAGCUAGUGAUAAGCGGUGGUCCAAACAGACCGAUGUUGGCGUAACUCACUACCGCGCGGGCAUGACACAUGGCGAUGAGACGUUGAUUCCAAACAUUUUUCGUUAUAUCAUUCCUUGGGAGGCAGAGUUUAUCGACUCUCAACGUGUCUGGACCGAGUAUUCUCAGAAGCGACUCGAAGCCAAUCAGCAAAAUCGACGGCUUACGCUAGAAGAUCUUGAGGACAGCUGGGAUCGAGGGCUACCGCGUAUCAACACACUCUUUCAGAAGGACCGGAGCACUCUGAGCUUUGACAAAGGCUUCCGGGCCCGGGCCGAGUUCAAGAUUUACCAGUUGAUGAAGAGCAAUCCAUUCUGGUGGACCAGUCAACGGCAUGACGGCAAGCUAUGGAAUCUGAAUGCCUACCGCACAGACGUUAUCCAGGCCUUGGGGGGCGUUGAAACGAUCCUGGAGCAUUGUCUUUUUAAAGCCACCGGGUUUGAUAGCUGGGAAGGACUUUUCUGGGAAAAGGCUUGCCUGGCGUAUGGCACUAUGCUUUUGCGAUAUGAUGGCAGCCGUGUUCGGGUCGAGGACGUUCGGGACGGUGACUUACUGCUUGGUCCAGAUGGCGAGCCGCGACGGGCAUUCAAUAUCGUCGAUGGCAAAGAACGGCUUUAUCGGAUCACAGUUGGAGAUGGCAAAGAAGAUCUUGUCGUAACCUCGAACCAUAUUCUGGCGCUCCACCGGCAGAAGAACGAUUCUGGACAUGCAACUGAUUCAUCUGAUGACUGCUUCGACUCGAUCGAGAUGACGGCCUCCCAGUUUGCUAAGCUAGAGCCAGAGGAAAGAGGCGCUCCCAAGCUGAGCAGACUGGCCAUCAAGGACAUAGCUCUUGAAGAACACGAGACAAAAUGGGCUGGUUUCAGAACUGAUUGCGAUCAGCUUUACCUUCGGGACGAUUACCUUGUGCUACACAACAGUGGCUUUGAAGAAUCCAUGAAGUUCAAAAAAUUGACAAAUGCCCAGCGCUCUGGUCUCAACCAGAUCCCAAAUCGUCGCUUCACCUUGUGGUGGAGUCCCACAAUCAACCGAGCAGACGUCUAUGUCGGUUUCAGAGUGCAGCUAGAUCUCACUGGCAUCUUCUUGCAUGGCAAAAUUCCAACGCUGAAGAUUUCGCUGAUUCAGAUAUUUCGAGCGCAUUUGUGGCAAAAGAUCCACGAGUCUGUUGUCAUGGAUCUCUGUCAGGUUUUUGACCAGGAGCUUGAAUCCCUGGGGAUUGAGUCGGUGCAGAAAGAGACCAUCCACCCUCGAAAGUCGUACAAGAUGAACAGCUCCUGUGCGGACAUCCAGCUUUUCGCUAGCCACAAGUGGAAUGUCACACGGCCGUCCUUGCUCUUUGACUCCAAGGACACCAUUGAAUCAACGACCACUGACAAAUUCUGGAUCGAUGUUCAGCUGCGGUACGGUGACUACGACUCGCACGACAUAGAGCGCUACGUCCGCGCAAAGUACCUGGACUACACAACGGAUACCAUGAGCCUUUACCCGUCUCCGACAGGGCUGAUGAUCGGCAUUGACUUGGCGUACAAUUUGUAUUCCGCCUUCGGACAGUACUUCCCCGGCCUCAAGAUUCUCAUCCAGCAGGCUAUGACGAAGAUCAUGAAGGCCAAUCCGGCGCUUUACGUUCUACGGGAGCGCAUCCGGAAGGGGUUGCAGUUAUACGCUUCUGAAAGCAAUCAGGAGUUUUUGAACUCGCAGAACUACUCGGAAUUGUUCAGCAACCAAACACAAUUGUUCAUUGACGACACAAACGUGUACCGAGUGACGAUCCACAAGACAUUCGAGGGUAAUUUGACAACAAAGCCUAUCAACGGUGCAAUCUUCAUAUUCAACCCACGCACGGGCCAGCUAUUCCUGAAGAUCAUCCACACGAGCGUUUGGGCUGGCCAAAAGCGUCUAGGACAGCUGGCCAAGUGGAAGACGGCAGAAGAAGUCGCUGCGCUUAUUCGAUCGCUGCCUGUUGAAGAGCAGCCGAAGCAGCUCAUUGUCACGCGGAAGGGCUUGCUGGACCCUCUGGAAGUUAACCUGCUUGACUUUCCUAACAUUUCCAUUCGUGCAUCCGAACUGCAACUUCCCUUCCAGGCUGCGAUGAAGGUAGAGAAGCUUGGAGACAUGAUUUUGCGGGCGACAGAGCCACAGAUGGUUCUCUUCAACCUGUACGACGAGUGGCUUAAAAGCGGCAUCUCGUCGUAUACUGCUUUCUCUCGUCUUAUCCUCAUCUUGCGCGCUCUACACGUCAAUCCCGACAAGACGAAGCUUAUCCUUCGGCCAGACAAGACGGUCAUCACCCAAGACCAUCACAUCUGGCCAACUCUGACGGACGAGGAGUGGAUCAAGGUAGAGACCCAGCUUCGCGAUCUCAUCCUGAAUGACUAUGGAAAGAAGAACAAUGUGAACGUCUCCAGUCUCACCAACAGUGAGGUGCGCGAUAUCAUACUGGGAAUGGAGAUUUCAGCGCCAUCGAUGCAACGGCAGCAGGCGGCCGAGAUCGAGAGGCAGCAGCAAGAGCAGCAGCAGCUCACGGCUACCACAACCAAGACUCACAAUGUUCAUGGAGAAGAAAUGAUCGUUACUACGACGUCUCAAUUUGAGCAGCAGACGUUUGCCUCGAAAACGGAGUGGCGGACCAGGGCCAUUGCCACAUCAAACCUGAGGACAAGAUCCAACAACAUCUAUGUCUCACCUUCUGAUAGUGAUGUGGAGAGCAUAACGUAUGUCAUGCCCAACAACAUUUUGAAGAAGUUCAUCACAAUCGCCGACCUGCGCGUCCAAGUGGCUGGGUAUUUGUACGGGUCAUCCCCUCCGGAGACAGACCAGGUGAAGGAAAUCAGAUGCAUUGUGCUGGUGCCACAGAUAGGGGGGCUCAGAAGUGUACAACUGCCGGAGGGCCUGCCGCAGCACCAGUUUCUCAACGGCUUGGAACCUUUGGGCGUCAUUCACACGGUGUCUGGAAACGAACUUCCGUACAUGUCCGCUGCGGACGUGACGGAGAUGGCUCGGUUGCAGGAAGCGCACGAGUCAUGGAGUCAGAACCGGAACCAGACUGUAUCUGUGUCCGUUUCUUUCACUCCGGGUAGUGUUUCCCUUUCGGCAUGGGGACUGACACCACAGGGACUGAGGUGGGGCGCGGAAAACAAGGACACGCAGAGCGAUCAGCCGCAAGGGUUUACUACAAGCAUGGGUGAGAAGCGAAAAUUUCUGCUAAGCCCCAAGUACAAAGGCUUCUUCCUGGUGCCGGAGUCCGGCAGGUGGAAUUACAGCUUCAUGGGGACGGAUUUUGCUGGUCUGGCAAAGAAGAGCGUGCAUGUCAAGCUGGACACGCCUCUUUCAUUCUACAGUGAUCUCCAUCGCCCCUUGCACUUCCAGAACUUUUCCGAGCUGGAGGACAUCUGGGUUGACCGCAGUGACAACUUUGCUUAA